AUGUACACGUUUCAAAUUUUUUUUAUAAAUAGAUUCCAAGAGAAAAAUCUUCACAGGAAGAAAGUUGACUGAAAAAUCAGUUUUCAAGAUGAAGGAAAAAGUGGCAUUUCUUUUGUUUCUGAUCAUCACAGCUUUCAUCUCGGCCACGGCUGUCCAUAAAGUUGACCCUCGAUCCCGCUGGCUACGAAUACCCGACAAGCUCCAACGUGAAGAGUGUAUCGCUUAUUGCUCUCAAUCCAAGCUCAAAAAUCCAUUGUGUGUAAUUCAGUAUGGUAAAUACGAGGUUUACUCUAAAGCGACGUAUGAUUGCUACAAAAGGGAGUGCCCUACAGUUCUUAAAGAUGCAGUAACCAGAGACAUGAAGGAAUGUGAACAGUUACUUAAACAAAAAGUCCCCAAUUCUGCAUGGGAAGGACCACGUUCAAAAAUGCAGCACUUGUUCGUUCGAGGCUCGUAG